AAUGACAAGAAUUCUAACUUUUUUUGACUUAAUUUUAUCUAAAGUUGAACAUAAAUUAAUUAGGCCUUUAAAAUGUAUAGAAAGGCAAAUUUCUAUGAAUUUACAAGAAGCAAAUAUAAAUACAAGGCCAGCUAAUAGUAAUGGGUUAUGGUGCCACCUCUUACUGCCCACAGUUUUACUGGUUUACACUUGUUUUGAUAAUGUUACACUAUUAUAUAAAAUAACAUCCCUGAUAUCCGUUGGCUUAUUAUUUUAUUGUGUACUGUUCAUAUUAUUUCUUACGACAUCAAGUGUUGUUUUGAAAGAACCAAUUUAUGCAGGAUGCUUAGCAUCUAGCAUAAUAUCUGCUGUGCUUUUAAAUUUUUGUUUAGGACAAGGGUUACUAUUUUCAAUAUCUGUAACAUUUUCAUCGACAAUACUUUUUGCAUGGGUGCUUCGACUAUGUAUAACAAAAUGCCAGAAGACAUUCACUGUUGGUGAAGCAAUGAUAGUGUCCCAAAGCAUUGUUCUGUUUACUGUAAUGUCUGUAAUCAAAUUCCUAUUUGAAAUGCACAGUGAUGACAAGGAAAUGGAAUUUAUUAGUUUAAUUUUCUAUACAAUAUUAUCAACCGUGGGAUUAAUUGUUACAGCACUGUACUUCCUGAAAGAUUCACAAAGAAAUUUAAGAACACUCAUAUACAUUGUUGGAUCAGCCAUUGUAUUUGUAUUACUCAUUUUACAUUCUUUAUUUGGUCCCAAUUUUGUGGCCAUAAUAUUAAAUUAUGUAUUUGUGAAGCAAAAUCGGGUACAAAUAUUUAUAUUCUGGCUAAUAUUAUUGAUACUGGCAAUAUGUGCAUUACUUGUACGCACUAAACUGGCGAUCAAAGCGAGUACAGUCACAAGGAAGACAUUUCACGUAUUAGCCUCCCUUGUGUUUCUCUCUGGGAUUAUGUUUGAUAUAUAUUUAAUGACAUUCGCAGCGGGAAUUGGCCUCGGAGUUCUGAUAUUUGUAGAGGCAUUAAGAAAAUCAGGUAUAGAACCAAUAUCUUCAGCUCUACAGUCUGCCUUCUUAAUCUACAGUGAUGAAAAGGAUUGUGGCCUGUUUGCAAUGACCCCACUAUAUCUAUAUGUUGGGUUGGCUUUUCCAUUGCUGGUAGUGCCUAACCGAGAGGACAGGCAAUUGGAGCUGCUCAGUGGAGUGCUAUCCAUAGGAAUAGGUGACACGGCCGCAAGUUGGUUUGGUUCCAGAUUUGGAUUUAAUAAAUGGCCAGAUAGUAGCAGAACAUUAGAGGGCACAAUAUUUAAUGUUCUUUCACAGAUAGGAACUGUAUACGCCUUGGAGUUAUUUGGCGUGCUGCACAACUCCCACGCGCUGCUGCGCGGCGCCGUGUGCGCGUGCGCGGCGGCGGGGCUGGAGGCGCGCACGGCGCAGGUCGAUAACCUCGUGCUGCCGCUCGCCGCGCUCGUCGCGCUCCAGGCCGCUCGACUGCUCUGCUAGCACACCUCGGAGGAGAGUACCCUCCCAUCUCUGUCGGUUGCCAUAGGACCCGGCUGCCAAUUUAUUAUGUAAAGCUCAUGGAUUAAUAAAUCAGAUAAGAUCAGAACGGUGAUAGAAGAGCAGCUUAUCAGAAAAAAUAUUCCCAGUUAUUCCCAGUUACCGUAUAUAGAAGGUCGUAAGUCAAAUCAUAUACAUAUUUAGCAUUGUUAAAAAGUACAUCAUUUGCAACCUCAAAUAAAUGGCAUAAGAGCAAGUGAAGUAUGAUAACUAUUGCUACGGCUUUGGGGAAGUUAUCUUUGGUUGGUACCUCGAAGCAAUGCUUCGUUUUGCUGACUGCUGAAUGCCGAUUUGCAGGAUGGAUGAAUCAAUAUAAUGUCUUAUAUUUUUUACACUGCCAAUAUCUGUCAGAGUACAUAUGGUCAUCGAUUGUCAAUUGUCCCAUCUACCUUUAUAAUUUAAACGUAUAACUGAACUGUAAAUACAUUUAAAUCUAUAUGUAUAUUUGUAU